ACAUCAUCCUAAAGUCAAAAUGAGCGUCUUUUCCAAGCGCCAAAUUUUCGCAAUUUGUUUCCUCCUUAUCUACGUGUUCUGAACGAUUCUACCUGUGCUGCGUAAAGCAGCCAGGUCACUCUUCCAAGUAUGGCGUCUGUAUAUAUUGUCUGUCUUUGUAUCGUUGCUUCUUUCACUGUUGGCGUCUCAUCAGCGACUUCUCACGAAUCUGACGUGGUUAUCUACGGCAACACGGUUGCCGCGCUGGCAGCUGCCAUUCAAACAGUUCGUAUGAACAGAACCGCCACUUUGGUCUUUCCGACAUCACGAAUCGGCGGUCUUACUACUUCGGGAUUGGGCUGGACGGACUCAAAGGAUGGAAACACUAUUGGUGGAAUUGCUAGGGAAUUUUACAGCAAAGUGUACGAGUAUUACGACAACGACGAUGCAUGGACGCGUGAAACACGAGAUGAUUAUCUCGCAAAGCAUAUCGAGGCGCAGCCUGGACCAGCCAUUGGCGACAAGGUUCAAUGGACCUUCGAGCCCAAGGUAGCAGAGGAGAUCUUGGAGAAAUGGAUCAAGGAUGAGGGAAUUCCUGUCUUUCGAAAUGAGUCCAUUCUUCGUUCUAGUAGCGGCGUGAAGAAGGAUGGAACCGAGAUCAAAUCCUUCCAAACGUGGUCCGGGUCAACUUUCUCAGGAAAGAUAUUUAUUGAUGCUGGCUACGAGGGCGACCUUAUGGAAACAGCAGGCAUCUCGUAUCGCGUGGGGCGCGAAGACAAGCAGGAGUUUGACGAGUCGGCGGCUGGUAUUUACUUCAACGAGCCCAGACGACUGGCUGCCAUUGACCCAUACAACGACCCUGAUGAUCCUGACAGCGGCCUGCUUCCCGGAGUUGGUCGCGUGAUCACCAAGUUCUCAGCUGAAGAGUCGCGUGGCAAGAAAGAUCAUCGUCUUCAGGCCUUCAAUUACCGAUUAUCUUUGACGAGAGAAGACGACAACAAGGUGGAAUUCUUUAAGCCUGAUAGCUACAAUGAAUCUCAUUACAAGAUCUUGAUCCGAUAUAUCAAGACAGGCUAUUUGGGACCGUUCUUCACAACACAACUCUUGCCGAAUCUCAAGACCGAUACCAAUGCAGCUGGCCAGAUCAGUACUGAUCUCAUAGGUGGAAGUUACAACAAGACAUCCAAUUAUGCAGAGUAUUCUUACGAAGAACGAGAGGCCGCUGCGAAGAGGCACAAGGUCUGGGCGCAAGGGCUUCUCUGGACGUUGGCGAACCACAAAGAUGUCCCUGACUUCAUUCGUGAAAACACAAGCGCUUGGGGCUACGCGAAGGAUGAGUGGACUGAUAACGGCAACUGGCCGUAUGAGAUAUACAUUCGCGAGGCUCGACGGAUGGACGGCGUGUAUACGAUGACACAAGCCGACAUUCAGCAUCCGAAGCCAUAUGACAACGAUACCGUCGUUGCAGUUGGAUACUACACCCUUGACGUUCAUCAGGUCGAACGUGUCGUUAUCAACGAUCGGAUACACGACGAAGGUCUCAUUCACGUUCCCAAUCCCGGCCCAUUCAGCGUCCCUUAUGGGUCUAUCGUUCCCAAAAGGGAGGACGCCACCAAUUUCAUCAAUCCUGUUACAAUGAGCGCCACUCACAUUGCUCUGUCUGCAAUUCGUAUGGAGCCGGUUUAUAUGAUCAUGGGACAGAGUGCGGGAGCAGCAGCUGUUUUGGCCAUUGAGGAUAAUGUCGCUGUGCAGGAUGUUGAUCGAAAGAAGCUGAAAGGGAGGCUAAAGGAUCAUGCACAGGUCUUGGAAUCCUUCUCUAUAACAUUGCAGCCGAGUCGACAUUGGAUUCUAGUCUUUUUCAUUUCUUGUCUUUAUCAUAUCAUAUUAUAGAUACAUAGCAUUAGAGGUGUAUAGAAUGAGAGGGU